AUGACAAGAUUGCACGGACAGAAAACUAACUUUGAAGCAUCUGCGUAUGUCUACAGAUACAAACCAAAAAAGACAUCAACCAAAAAACUUUAUAAAAACGCGGAUCGUCAUUGCCAAUACGAGAAACUAGUUGAUAGGGGAAUCUCAAUCGAGGAGAGUCGGAUAGAGAGCGAUCUAGAUAAUGUGAUGGAAGCUGCAUCACCAGUAGAAAUGUUCGAACCAUGUAAUGACUUUAUGGAUAUUGAAACCGAUCGAGACGUCAAUAUCACUGUCUGCGAUCAAGCAGCAGGGAACAUGAAUGAGUUUGACGGGCCUUACGGUCCUUACUUUCCAAAUUUUACCGCUACUAUGCUUUUUAUUUGGGUGACCAAACAUAUGAUUUCGACUGCUGCAUAUGAAGAUCUCGUACAGAUCCUUCAGCAUGAGGAAUUUAAAGUAGAUGACAUUGUAUCUAAUGUGAGACGUUUACGCAAAUGGAGAAAUAGACUACCAUUAUCAAAGAUCCAUAGCCAUGAAAUUGCAAUAGCGACAAAAAAUACCCCAUCAACUGCGAUACCAGCAAAAAGUGCUUAUACCAUGUCAUUGCGGGAAACCAUAGAGCGUGUACUCAGUAAUCCUCAACUUUCUUCGAAAAUGUAUUUUGGGUGCGGUAUCGAAACGGAGGAGAAAAAAGAACUUUGGCAUGGUGAAAUUUGGAAGGAAUCGCCUCUAUUUGGAAAAGAGCAUUUGGAGAUUAACGGAGGUGAUUUUAUACAUUGUCGCCAACGAAUGGAAUCACGAAGUCGGGACAUUUUUGCUCGUGUUAGAUCAAUCGUUGAGAUGGAAAGAGAAUUUUGCUUGAAGGUUGAUGAACUGCUCACAUAUUCACAAAUUCCUGGACACCUUCAUAGUUCAAGACGAGCAGUAAAUCAGAAUAAAUUGUUAUGGUUGGUUGAAGAUUUUUCCUUUGUAGUCAAAAAAGGAGAUGUCAUAGGAAAAGUCAAUGUUUGGUUAUAUGACAAUCCAGCACCGGCAAAAUACGAUUUUAUUGUAAUGGAAAUUCUGUAUCGCUUGAACAAUACUUGGAAAGUACGUAAAAUCUCCCAAAGGCAUAAAUUGCCAUCUGAAUAUAUUACAAAUAUACGGCAUCCUCCAUCGAAUGUACCAAUUAGAAAAUUUUUCUUGGACAUAUAUAUUGACGAUUUCGGGACAUAUAGAAACGUCUACCAUGCACUCGGUGGUGUUUAUUUACAGUUUGGUAAUAUGCCGCAGAGACUAAGAAAACAACUAAAGAAUCAUUUUUUGCUUGGGUUUGUGCCGUUUGGGGGUAAUGUUUACGAAUUUCUCGGACCAAUUCGUGAAGAGAUUAGAGCACUUGAACAUGGUUACAUGAUCAACAUUAGCACGGGAAAUUAUUGGGUCAUGGGAGGCGUUGGGUGCAUUACUGCAGAUCUUCCUCAAGGAAACGAUUUGGCUGGCAUUAAGAGACAUAAUGCAAAUUUUGGUUGUCGCACUUGCCAUGCACACCAAAAUCAAUUGACAGAAAGUCGUUUUGAUUACAUAGCUAAUGCACGUUUUAAACAUGUGACUGAUAACCAGUAUGCAGAAGUAAUGGAGCUACCGACUAUAAGCGCUAGAGAACGGUGUGCUACUAAAUAUGGAAUAUCUGUAGAUCGGCAUCCAUUAGAAAACAUAAUGUGGGAUU